AUGAACGACCUUUUAACGGAUUCAUUUGAGAUACCGCGGGAUCAAGCUUCUAGGAAUGGGGAUAUUGAAAUGGGAACACAGAUUGCACAAAAUUCUGGAGAUUUAGGCUUGGAUAAUUUCUUUAAGCAGGUUCAAGAGAUUGAAAAACAUUCUGAAAAACUCGAUAAGCUACUCAAAAAGCUUCAGGAUGCUCAUGAGGAAUCCAAGGCCGUAACUAAGGCUGCUGCCAUGAAAGCAAUCAAGAAACGAAUGGAAAAGGAUGUCGAUGAAGUUGGAAAAAUUGCCCGCCUUAUUAAAUCAAAAAUUGAGGAACUUGACAAAGAGAAUUUAGCCAACAGACAAAAGCCUGGAUGUGGAAAAGGAUCAGGCGUAGACAGAUCAAGAACAGCGACUACAGUUGCCAUGAAGAAGAAGUUCAAAGACAAGAUGUCUGAAUUUCAGACUUUACGAGAAAGCAUCCAUCAAGAGUAUCGCGAAGUAGUUGAGAGGCGUGUAUUCACAGUGACGGGAAAUCGAGCUGAUGAAGAGACAAUUGAUAGAUUAAUAGAGACAGGGGAUAGUGAACAGAUUUUCCAUAAAGCAAUUCAAGAACAAGGGCGAGGCCAGAUAAUGGACACACUUGCAGAAAUUCAAGAGCGUCAUGGUGCCGUUAGAGAUUUAGAGAAGAAGCUUCUAGACUUGCAACAGAUAUUCAUGGACAUGGCAGUAUUGGUGGAUGCUCAAGGAGACAUGCUCGACAAUAUUGAAUCACAGGUUUCAUCUGCGGUCGACCAUGUGCAAUCCGGUAACACCGCGCUUCAGAAAGCAAAAAGUUUACAGAAAAACUCGAGGAAAUGGAUGUGCAUUGCUAUCCUCAUUCUCCUUAUUAUCGUCGCAAUAAUCGUUGUGGGUGUACUCAAGCCAUGGCAGAACAAUAAUGUGAUUUCUGCUCAACUUCUUCAUCAACAAAGUUGGAAGGUUGGAUUCAAUUUUUCUGCCUGGAACCUUCUUAGAGGUAUGGAUGGGGUUCCUGUUUUUGUGAAAUAUAAUGGACGGUGGGAUGAAAAUAAUAUAUAUGUUGACCACGAGAUGACGGGGGUAUUGGUUCCUCUUGGAACAUCAUAUGUUGGAUUAUUGGAGAUAUUGUAUGAUGCAUUGGGUUUGGGACCUUUGUCACAAACAAUACGAAUGAAGUAUAUAGCUGAAGUUGGAAGCUCACCCAUCGAAAUAUCACAAGAUCGUGAUGUUUUCUUUUACUUGAAUUUGAAAGAGAGAGAUGCUCAACUCAAUAGCUUUCCAAUUUGUCUUGAGAUUAAGAAUGAGCCGAUGGAGGAGAUUUUACCACUAGCUUUAGAGGACAAUAAUCACUCAUCAGAUGCAAAAAUUCAAAGUCCACCUCAUGAGAUAAACCCUGAUCCACAAUUAAAUGAUCAAGUGCCUUGCAAUAUGUCACUUGAGAUUACAGUUGAUGAUGUUCCUUCUGAUAUUAAGGCUGAAGGUGAUAACGCCUUAGAACAUCUAGCUGAGCUUAUUGCUACUGCCGAUCUGCCAAAUGAAGCAAACUACAGGAGACAGAUCACAGAUAGUAAUGUUGAGCUAUCUGUCAUAAAUGGUCUUUCAAAUGCUCUAGUAUCUCUUGAAGAAAGAUCCGCUGAAGGUCAAAUUGAAACCUUGGAUUCCGAUGAAGACCAUAGAAUGACUGAUGAAUCUGAAAAUGUUAGAGAUAUGAUCACCGAAGUCUUGCCUACUGUAUUGCGAUUGUUUCCUUCGAGACGGAAGAAAACAAUAAAUUCAGGUACUUCUUUAUGUGCUUGGCUGCCUCCAUUCAAGGUUGGCAACAUUGUCGACCUAUCAAUAAAUGCAACUGAUGUUCAGGCAAAGGAUAUGCCAAUCACCAGUUUGAUCGAGUGGUUGAUGUCAAUGGUGCGAAGAUGGUUUUCUGAACGUCGCAGUGCAGCUGAAUCUACAACAACAAUGCUUGCAACUGCAGCAGAAGAUCGACUAAGGGAACAGAAUGCAUUGUCAUUAUCAAUGACCGUUCACCCUGCGAACACCCAUGAGUUUCAUGUUUUAGACCCAGAAGCGCGGUCAUUUGUUAAUUGGACGGUGGCGGAGGCUCCGCUGGAGGAGGAGGAGGAGGAGGUGGCGUUGGUGGCGGAGGAUUGGCGCCUCACCCAGUUCUGGCAUGACUUCGACACGACCGAGACAAUUGCUCGAGAAGUAAUUAUUCUCCGCAAAUACGUCGAUUCCCCUUCCGUGGCUUGUAUUGCUUUCCCCACUCUUUAUGCCCAUCUCAAGAAAAUUGGUCCAGAAGUACUUGCACAGCUUUUGGAAUCCAACUUACCUGGUGAGGUGCAAAAGGAGAGGGCUGCAGAGCUCUUGGGAAAGGAAGAGAUGGAGACUAGCAAUGGUGGUGCAACGGUGGAGCAGCAGCCGAUAGCGGUGGAGACGGGCAAAAGUGGUAUGAUGGCGGGGCAAGAGCCGGAGGGGAAGAAGAUGAUGAAUAUAAUGGUGGGUAUUGAUGAUAGCGACGAGAGUUUCUACGCACUUGAAUGGGUUCUUGAUGAGUUGUUGAAGUACAGUGGUGGCGCCGCUCCUCAGGCGGUGGAGGAGCUGGAGCACUCCAAGUCUCCAAGGUGGUCACCAUAG